AUGCUUUCCAGUUAUUCCCAACUAACCUCCAUGCUCUCCUGUCUGCAGCUCGAGCACUGGUCCAGUGCUGAGUUGUUGAGCUCGCUUAUCAAGAUGUCUCGCCUCGUUGCCGUCGAGACCGGCAAGUCCGUGGCGCAUGACGUUUGCCCCCAGGAAAGUCUCUUUCCGUCCACCACCAUGGUCGCACCCCCCGCCUGCCCACGCCUCCCUCUGGACCUCGAGCGCGACGUCUUCGAACUCACCGCGAUGAUGUUCCCGGAGACGCGCUCCAAGCUGACGCUCGUUGCGCAUCGCGUACGCAGCUGGAUAGAGCCGCUCUCUUACAAAUCCCUCUCCAUCGCCAGUCUCCACGACGCGAACCGCGUGCUAUCGAUCAGCCAGUCCCCCCACCGCGCCCCCGACUUCCUUGCGAGCACCGUCCGCCGGCUGGUCCUCUCCCGCGAGAGCCACUUCCCGACGCGAAUCCUGGCCCUCUGCAGCGGCAUCACGCAUCUAGCGCUGGAAGACGAGCUUCUGCGGGACAGAUGGAGCGACAUCCACGCCACCUUCCUCGAUUUGGCCAAUGUGCAGCGCCUCGCCAUCGCCGCGAACGAGAUCCGGCGGCGCAACACGCAUGCGGGGGCAAAUAUAUUUGCCCGCCUGACGCACCUGACUUUGCUCGACGUCGCCCAUGCCGGCCUGCCCGAGUUCGUUGCCGCGUUGCCCGCGCUGACGCACCUCGCCCUGGCCAGCCCACCCGACUGCGGCACCGUGCAGGACUUCCUCGCGCGGUGUCCUCACCUUCGGGUGCUCGUUUUGCUUGCACCGUCGCCCGAAUGGGCGGCCGAUGCGGGUGCGAAGCCCCGGCUGCUCACCGACGACCGGCUGGUUAUAUUGGAGGCCAAAAGCUGGGACGAGGGCGUAUCGGACGGCGACACAUUCUGGACCGUCGCACAGUCUUUCGUGGCGGAGAAACGCCGCACCGGCCAUUCGUCGUUGUGUGCUGCCAGGGCCUAA